AUGUUAGUAGAUACGAAUGCAGAGAAAUGGUUUGUCAUCAGACAAUUAUGUUAUGCAAAUAGAGAGAAAGAUGUUGUUGGAUUACUCAAUGACAUUAAUCCUGAUGAUCCAAGGUUUAUGUUUGUUUCUGCACUUGGAAUUAUGUUGCUUGCGGAUUCACAAAAGAAGAAUGAAGUGCAAAGCGAGUUCAUCAAAUCUACAAGCAUGAAAUUGUUUGGAGCAAACAGAAUUCCUGAUGCUGUAACUCUUCUGACAUUGACAGGAUUUGAUAAAAUUGCUGUCGAAAAGUUGUUGGAAAUAAACUUGUUUAAUUCUGCACUUCCGAUGAUAAGAUGCAGAGUUGAAAAACAGGAUAAGUAUUGUUAUGUUAUGAAGAUUGCUGUGAAGAAGGCAAAUGAUGGAAAUUAUGCUUCUGCAGCUGCUUUCUUUGCUUCGGCUGGUGAAUAUCAUGGAACUUUGUUUUGCUUGUGGAAAUUGAAUUUGAUCACUGACGCUUUAGUUGUUUUAGAGAAAGCGGAAGUCAAGGAAAUGAAUUCUGAUUUCGCAAGCCAAAUUAAUAAUUUUGUAGCAUUAGAUGAGCUUGUUAAGCUUAUCAAGAAAUAUUCUUUAUUUUAA